AUGGUCGGUCUCCAAGCCUUCACUCUGGGACUGUUGCUCUCCGGCUCGUGGGCUCUCCCUGCGACCGAGACCGCUGCCCCAACGACUGCUACCCUCCCCACGAGUGCAUCCAGCUCGACGGCGGUGGCCUCCUCCCAGCUGGAGCAGCUGAACUCGUUCGCCUACAACCUCACUGCAGACACCCUGACCCUUCCAGCCAGCACCAAGCGCAGCGACGGCUCGUGCACGCUCGACAAGCUGCGCGUGCGUCGCGAGUGGCGCACCUUCAGCACGAGGCAGAAGAAGGCGUACAUCUCCUCGGUCCUCUGCCUGCAGAAGCUGCCCUCGCGCUCUCCCCCGGAGCUGGUCCCUGGGGCGCGGACCCGCUACGACGACUUCGUGGCAACGCACAUCAACCAAACCCUGGAGAUCCACUACACGGGCACCUUCCUCGCGUGGCACCGCUACUUCAUCUUCGAAUUCGAGUCGGCCCUGCGCGAUGAGUGCGGCUACACCGGCGACUACCCCUACUGGGACUGGGGCGCCGAUGCCAGUAACAUGGAGAGCUCGCCCGCGGAAGUGAUGCUGUAUCUGGGCGACUAUCCCGCCAUCGACCUGCCGCCCGGCAGCGGCGGGGGCUGCGUCACCAGCGGGCCCUUCAAGGACUACCAGGUCAAUCUGGGGCCGGCCGCUUUGUCGCGGCCGGGGGGCAACACCUCCGCGGCCGCCAACCCGCUGGCCUACAACCCGCGGUGUCUGAAGCGGUCGCUGACAACGGAAAUCCUCCGCCGCUACAACACCUACCCGAAGAUCGUCUCGCUGAUUCUGGACAACGAUGACGUGUGGGACUUCGAGAUGACCAUGCAGGGGGUGCCGGGCAGUGGCUCGAUCGGGGUCCACGGGGGUGGCCACUACUCCAUGGGCGGGAAUCCCGGGCGCGACGUCUUCGUGAGCCCCGGCGACGUCGCCUUCUGGCACCAUCAUGGCAUGAUCGACCGCGUCUGGUGGAUCUGGCAGAACCUCGACCGGGAGCAGCGUCAGAAUGCUAUCUCGGGGACGGGGACCUUCAUGAAUAACCCGCCUUCGGCGAAUACGACGCUCGACACGGUGAUCAACAUCGGCUAUGCGAAUGGCCAGCCGAUUGCCAUGCGCGAUCUGAUGAGCACGACUGCUGGGCCGUUCUGCUAUGUUUAUCAGUAGUGGGCUGAUGGGAGGGCAGUUUGGAGAGGAGCCUUAGCGUGGUAUAUAAAUGUGACAGACUUGUAUAUAUAUGC